CUUAGGUUCAACUCUCGAUACCGUGAAAACAACCCAAAAAAGCGACCGGCCGCAAGCCCCAGAUGCGCGACUUCCGCUGCGCGGAAGAGCCGAUCCUGCCCAAUAGACCCUGCCUUCCGGGCUCCAGUAUGCGCAAGGGCACGCCCCUGUUUCCGAGCUAAUCAGAGGACGUCUCCGAUGGGCGGGCCAAUCGUGGACACGCCAGCUCAGACGGACCAACAGAAGGGCCGGUUGCCCCGCCCUUCCCAGGCGUCCUCGGCGCGCGCGGCCGAAUCUCCCGCCAAUAUCUCUCCGCCCGCGAAGGCGCGGCCAAUCAACGCUCGGACAGCCGCGGCGCCUGCAAGCCCGAGGGGGACCGAUUGUUCCCCUGCUUUUCCUCAGCGAAGCUGGCGACGUCGCCUCGCUUUUCCGAGAGGUAGCCUUCUGCAGCGAGGUCUGGCGACUCCCCGCUGUCUCCGAGCCUCGGCCCAGGCCCUGGCCUACCGCGAGGCCUGCUCACCCGAGCGAGCCUCCCCCGCCGGUGCGGGCCUAUGGUCUCGCCCGGCCCCGCGCGCGGGAGAGUCAGGGGCGGGGCCUAGCGCCCUUAAGGGAGGUUGGGGGCGGGGCGUGGGCAGUGCAGUUCCGUCUCGCACCGGCGUCGCUGGGUCUCGCUCGCCUCCGCCAGUCUCCAGUGGUCCGCCAUGGCCUGCCGGCCGCGCAGCCCACCUGGGUACGCCAGCCCGCCGUCCCCCGCGCGAUGGAGCCUUGGGCGGAAGCGCAGAGCCGACGGGAGGCGCCGGAAUCCGGAGGAUGCGGAGGAGGACGAGCGCCGCCCCGACAGCAGGCCUGAGAGGUGAGGGGCCGGGCGUCCGUGUCUUGCUCUCAGAAAGUGCAGUUCGGCGGCCGAGGGCGCAGGGCGUUCUGCUUCUCCCGGCCUGAAGAGCGUCUUUCCGGGGAUAGGUGGCAGCAAAACUGGUUUCAGCCGGAACAGGUCAGCUGGGUUAUUGUGUUGCAGAAUACUAGGGGCUUCCAUUUUUAAAGCGGCCGACACACCUCGUCGUUUUUUGUUUUACUUGUCUCUGAGAAGCUGAGCAUCAUGUGGGUCACAGGUGUUGAGAGCCGAAAAGCAAGGUAGAUUGAGCUCGCUCAUCUCUGCCUCCUGAUGCUCCCGGGGUGUUGCUCUCUGUGUGAGAGCCUUUGUUGCUUUUUCCUUCAUUGAGCGUCUUCUGGGUUACGCAGUGUGCAGGGAAGGUCAGAAUGGGAGUUGGACAAGGUAGCUGGUGAGAGCGGGACAGCCAGGGAAAGCGGGUAUUUCAGAGGGGCCCGGAGUGUGAAGGAAGCGUGCUGGCGGAUGUGGGCAGUUCAGGGAAGAGGUCUCAGGAGAGGCUGUGGUGACUGGGAUGAAGGAAGUGAUUCUCUGUGCCCAGGCCCUUGGGUUGGGGACGUGUUUGGUCUUGAAAGUGGAUAGAGGAUCCGGGCGUGACGGCACUCCAGAAGUUCACUGCAAGUUCGAGGUCAGCCUGAACUGCAUGGUGAAUUCAAGGUCAGCCUGAACUGCGUGGCAAGACCUUGUCUCAAAAAACAAAAGAAAAACAAAAAGGAAGUUGAUAGAGGAUAAGGACAGCUGGUGUCUGCUAAGCUCAAAAAGGCAUAGGAACUUGGCUUGAUGGGGCAGCAAGGGUUAUGAGGAACGUGCGGCUCAGGACACUUAAGGGGAGGGUGGAGGAAAAGUCUGGAUGACUCAAGCUUUUGGGCUUGUGAUUAGGAGGCACUUGCCUAGCUGCAGAGGUGGGGGCCCAGCAAACCUCGAGUGGGAGCAAGUUAAUGGGAGUCCAUCGUUAGCCUCAUACUGCACAUGGGUAUGUGAAGGUAUGUAUAGUAUUUAAAGACCUUACAGCGAUGUUUACAGUAUUCAGAGACUUGGGACUGAGUGUGAAUGUAGGGAAGGCCCUAGGGCAGCUCUAGGUUAGAUGCAAAAUGAAGGCAAUCAGAUCUUGUGUGGAAGGGUGAUGGUGCAAUUUUUAUAAUCCUGCCAGGACUCUGGAGCCUGAGGCAGGGAGUUCAAGGCCAAACUCUAAACAACAAAAACUUGGAGAUCAAUCUCUGAACCUUCCCUUUCUCUUAGCUGAAGAUGAAAUGUUAAAUUCUUAGCAAUUUUCUCCAAGGCAUUGGUAUCUGAACAAUAGCCUUGUAGUUCACAAGUGGAUCAUUGAGCCUCCUCUUUUCUCCAAGACUGUGGGAAUGUGUCCCUGGCCUCCUGCCUUGCUGCUGUGCACUUUGUGCUCCGUAGAGGUGCCUGCAGUCACCCAACAAGUAGAACCGUCUGUAUCUCCUUGCCUGCUGUGAUGGUGGAGGGGAAGUAGUGGAAAGUGCUGUUACAUAGGGUAGAUGGUGAGAGUAAUCUGCCUAAUUUGGGAAAUGGACUUUAGCUUUACAAAAGGUACCACACUAUGAGGUGGAACAGAAGGUCACUCUCACACUCUAAACUGUCUUUGUUCAGAUGUCUGUCUUGGCUGGGAGGUUGAGGCCUGUCCUUCUGUGCUAGUGGGAUGUUAAAGUCCAGUUCAACCCUGGGCAAACCUGCCUUUGAUUCCACUUUGUGUCUGUGAUGGAAUUACUGAGUCAGUUUAACGUUCAGCUAAUUGCCUAAUUUAACUUCAGACCUUUCCAACCAUUUUUAUUUUUAUAUAUAUACAUGUAUAUAUACAUAUGUAUGUAUUUUUGUUGUUGUUUUUUGGGUACCGGGGCUCAAACUCCGGACCUUGUGCUUGCAAGGCAGGCAUGGUGCCAGAGCUAAAUCCCUA